AUUUGCCUUUGGUUGUGUAUGUAUUUACCAUUCUCGCCGGUCGUCUCCGGGGAAACGGGAAAAAACAUGGCGGCCAUUUCUGGAUUUCUUCUCACUAGUAAGCUUCUUCGAGAUGGAGUCUCGAAAACCCUUUUUAAAAAUUCCUUGCUUUUUGCAAAUUUCGCUUCGAUUUCGGGUUUUUGUUUUGGCUGUAUGAGCAGCAAACAGCUUAUGGACCCAGAAGAGGUCGUUGUGGUUCAUCAUCAGGACAAAGUACGAGGAGUUUCCCUCGAGGAAUCUAAGCUCAUCAACCUCCACAUGUCUCAAUUAUAUUAGGAAACUGGCUCAGCACAUUAAAGUGAGCCAAAGGUUGGUUUCUGUAUCGAAAUCCAACUGCCAGAAGAGAGAAUGUUUCGGCGUUCGGUUGUUGUAAUUGCUAAAAAGAGUUGUUCUUUCUGCCUUAGAGGUUCGUGCACAAUGCCGGCAUAAUUAUGAUCCAGGUGGCCCGCUUUAGCGUUUUGAAAUCUCGGGGGAAUCCUUAACGACACAUACAGGAUGGACCUGAUUCUCGUACACCCUCCCUAUCGCAUCGCACUACCCUGCAUGUUCAUAGCAAGUGUCUACUACAGAGACAUCAUGGUUUGAAGAUCUUCACUAGGACAUGAACUUGGUCAUUACUACGGUGAAGAACAUCGCCAUGGAGGUUAUUGAUUUCUAUGAGAACCCCAGGGUGGAUCAAUGAUGAAAGAGUGAAUGCUGCUUUCAGCAAAUUGCCUCAGAAACCUUGGAGCAUAGAAGUUACCCUAUCUCUGAGCGAAUAAAAAGGAAAGGCCAUUUGCGUUGUGAAGUUUCAAGGAAAGCAAAAGCAAUGGCUUCCAAUUUCUGGACUUCGUCGCACCACAAACUUCUUAUGGACCCAGAAGAGGUCGAUGUUGUUCAUCCUCUGGAUAGAGAGAGAGGAAUCACCGUCGAAGAUUUCAAGCUGAUUAAGCUUCACAUGUCCAAUUAUAUCUCGAAAUUGGCGCAACACAUUAAGAUUAGGCAAAGAGUUGUAGCUACUGCAAUAACUUAUAUGAGGCGGGUUUACACAAGGAAGAGCCUGACAGAAUAUGAACCUCGUCUUAUCGCUCCCACUUGCUUGUACUUGGCGUCUAAAGCCGAGGAGAGCGUUGUCCAUGCCAAACUUCUUGGAUUCUAUAUAAGAAAAUUAUGUAACCUUCGCUCUUACUACUUUCUUGAUCGUGUUUUCCUUAACAAUUUUCUCUACCUCUUGCUAUUUGAGCGGAGGAAUGUUGACGACUUGCUGCUAAUUCACUCUACAGAUGCCGAUGAUAAGUACAGGUAUGAGAUUAAAUAUAUACUUGAAAUGGAGAUGAAGAUGCUGGAGGCAUUGAACUUCUAUUUAGUCGUAUUCCACCCUUACCGAUCCCUGCCUGAGUUGUUGCAGGACGCGGGAAUCAACGACACUAGUAUGACCCAUUUGUCUUGUUUAUGCUCAAAGUCACUCUGGACCCUCUUGAAAUGGUUAUCGGCUCGCACGAUUAGCAGUAGGAGAGUAACGUUGAACACAGAUCACAAUCACAAUCACAGACAUCGACUCGCACUGGGACUUGUGAACGACACGUAUAGGAUGGACCUCAUCCUUGUACAUCCACCGUAUCUGAUCGCCCUGGCUUGUGUGUACAUUGCUUCCGUAUACAAAGAGAAAGACAUAAGGUCGUGGCUUGAAGAGCUCUGCGUAGACAUGAACGUGGUGAAGAAUAUUGCCAUGGAGAUUCUUGAUUUCUACGAAAACCACAGGACGAUCACAGAAGAGAGGGUCCACUCUGCAUUCAGCAAACUCGGGAAGAAGCCUUAGAGAGAGAAGAGAUGGUUGCUUGCCUUAUUGAUUGAACUCACAAAAAAAAAAUGAAAAAAAAAAAACAGUUUCCAGUCGGCAGAGGACAGAGAACAAACUGUGGCUGAGAAGACAGAUGUAUUUGCAAAAAAAAAAAAAAAAAAAAAAAAAUUUGCAGGGACUUUGGUGUUUUAAAUUUUGAUUGUGGAGCGGUGUUUGCAACUCUUAGGUUACUGAACUGAACUGUCAUGUCUUUUUUUUUUAAAGUUUGUAUAUGAACAAGUUGGAAAGUUUUUGUCCUUUAUGUUGGUCUUGAUCCGAAAUUAUUUCUGAUUA